UCACAUCUGAUUAGGUACAGUGCAGCGUUAGCAACCCGCUAGUAUCACCACCGCCGCACAAUCACUGUACGUGUACGAGAGACUGCACCCUGAGCUAACGUUAUAGCUAGUGCACCAGAAAAGGGUAACGUUGGCAAGUUAUCUUAUUUUGUGCAUUUUGGUGUUUUUAAGUCAAAGAGAAUCGGAUUUGGAUGGGAUGUAGCUCUAUGUCACGAGUGUGGUUGAUGACUUUGUGUUUAUUAAACCGCGUAGGUGUCACUACUUGGGUAUUUACUGUAGUCUUUACGACGUCUAUCCAACGGACUUGCAGUGUCAGCAAACACUUGGGAUGUCCAUGAAGCAAGUGGAGCGGGCCUGAGCAUGGAGCGUCAAUGAUGCUAGGGCUACCAUGGGCAGCGUCACACUGCGCUACUUCUGCUAUGGCUGCCUCUUCACCUCCGCGACCUGGUCCGUCCUACUCUUCCUCUACUUCAGCCUAGGCCAGGACGGCGGCCGGCCCCCCUUCAGGAAUGUGCCCGUCCAGGGGCCCCAUGCCUUACGCUUCCAGCCUCGCAUCACUAGGAGACCUGGGGGGCCUAAGGAAGGCCUCAAGGCAGUCCCCGCGGCAGGAGGCAACAAACCGGCCGAUCUUUCUCCGGAGAUGGGUAUGAUAUUUAAUGAGCAAGACCAGGAGGUGCGAGACAUGGGCUAUCACAAGCAUGCGUUCAACGUGCUAAUCAGCAAUCGCCUGGGCUACCACCGGGACCUCCCUGACACCAGGGACAACAAGUGCAGAGACACGAUCUAUCCUCUGUCCCUCCCGGCGGCCAGCGUAGUGAUCUGCUUCUUCAACGAGGCGUUCUCCGCCCUACUCCGCACCGUGCACAGCGUCCUGGACCGCACGCCGUCCUACCUGCUCCACGAGAUCAUCCUGGUGGAUGACAGCAGUGAACUGGCUGACCUGAAGGACGACCUCGACACCUAUGUCCAGCAACACCUCCAGGCCAAGGUCAAGGUGGUCCGUAACGAGAGGAGGGAAGGACUGAUCAGAGGGAGGAUGAUCGGGGCCUCUCACGCCACCGGGGAGGUGCUGGUGUUCCUGGACAGCCACUGUGAGGUCAACGAGGCGUGGCUGCAGCCCCUGCUGGCGCCCAUCCACCGGGACCGCAGAACGGUGGUGUGUCCCGUCAUCGAUAUCAUCAGCGCCGACACGCUGGCCUACAGCCCCUCGCCCAUCGUCAGGGGCGGCUUCAACUGGGGGCUGCACUUCAAGUGGGACCCCGUUCCCGCCUCCGAGCUCAGCAGCCCAGACGGAGCGAUCAGGUCUCCCACCAUGGCCGGUGGUCUGUUUGCCAUGGACAGGAAGUACUUCAAUGACCUGGGCCAGUAUGACAGCGGCAUGGACAUCUGGGGUGGCGAGAACCUCGAGAUCUCCUUUAGAAUCUGGAUGUGUGGGGGCCAGCUCCUGAUCAUCCCCUGUUCGCGGGUGGGUCAUAUAUUUCGUAAACGCCGGCCCUACGGGUCACCUGGAGGUCAGGACACCAUGGCCCAUAACUCCCUGCGCUUGGCCCAUGUGUGGAUGGACGAGUACAAGGAGCAGUACUUCAACCUGAGGCCAGAGCUACGGGAGCGAGCGUACGGUGACAUAAGUGAGCGUUUAGCCGUGCGCCAUCGUCUGCAGUGCCAGUCCUUUAAGUGGUACCUGGAUAACAUCUACCCUGAGAUGCAGAUCGCCUCACCCAACAACAAGCCACAGAAACCAGUCUUUGUCAACAAGGGCCUCCGCCGGCCCAAAGUUCUGCACAGAGGCCGGCUACGGAACCUGCAGGCAGACAAGUGCCUGGUGGCCCAGGGGCGACCGAGCCAGAAGGGCGGCGCUGUGGUAGUGAAGGCCUGUGACGCCCGUAACCCAGAACAGGAGUGGGCUUACGAUGAGGAACAUGAGUUGAUUCUCGCCGGCCUGCUGUGCCUGGACAUGUCAGAGAUCCGCUCUUCGGACCCGCCACGCCUUAUGAAGUGUCACGGCUCUGGAGGGUCCCAACAGUGGACCUUGGGGAGCAACCGCUUGUAUCAGGUCUCCGUGGGCCAAUGCCUGGCUGUGGUCGAGCCGGUCAACACCAAGGGAUACGUUUCCAUGGCCAUCUGCAACGGUUCCCAGUCACAACAGUGGCAGUUGGAAGGCUGACAUUGAUAAGUCAAGACUAACCACAUACCGGACACUGAGCGAAGUCACCCCCCUUUGGGUCCGGGUAUGACUGCUGUGACCCCCAGCAAGAGGGAAGGAACUAAAGAUUACACCAGUUAAAGAGAUUUCUUUAAGACUUGGAGAACAAAUGCUUUUUGGUCUUUGGAACUGGUUCUGCCCCCCAACCCCAGGAGUGCUCUAAUGAUGGAGUCACUAACUUAUACAAGGUGUGUGUUAUAUACUGUAGUUUCAACCCAAUCCAACUGACUGCCCCUGAGAACAAUUUAUUCCUUCGGUGUUUUAGAGAAUCAUUUUACAAACGCAAUGCAAGAGAGAAUUGUUUUUAAAUUUACAAUGUAUUAAUUGUAUCAAAUUUGCACAAAACUCUUGCAUUAGAGACAAAUCAACUUCUAAUUCUGUACAGUCUGGGAAAAGUUAAUAUUGGACUGCCAGUAUUGACACUGGUUUGUGUUUUAAAAUAUUUUAUUCUGGACAUAUUACAAUCUGAUACUAAUUGCUAUGAAGUAUAACAGUACUGCGGUGUUUUAUUUUGUUGUUUUGGGAAUAACUGUCAAGCAAUGUUUUGAUCACUGGAGUUUGGUUGGUGAGGUAGUGUCUUUCAUACCCUUGAACUGUAAAAGGCAACUUUGAAACUGUCAAUCAGCUACAUUGGCUGUGUGAUCGAUAUGUUGUACAGUCUAUGGAAAUCAUGUUAAAAAAAUUGAAAUGCGCAACACAGGGAUAGUUUUAGAAUUUCCUACAGGAUGUUUUCAAGUGUAAUACCUUAAGUAUACUGUGCAGUUAUUUUUCCAGUAAGGCAACCAAAUAAAUGUUUAAUUAUGAACGUC